UAUGGUGUUGCUUAUUAUUUUUUCUAGUGCCUUUAUGGGUAGUUGACUGUUUUAAUGCUUUGCAGCAUUAUCUUUUCUGGUUUCUGGCCUUAUUUCUUUGCUUAAGUAUCUCGAAUGCAUUUUGUCCAAGACCCACUUCAGAAGGAAAUGUCAAUACUUAUUACAGAGGGAUUGUUUUGCUUCCUGCCUUCUUCUCUGGAGGAUGCUGCAAGGGGAGGGGGGCAGACUGCGGGUGGCUGAGUGUGUGGGUGUGUGAUACGUGUCCAGCUGUACUGUGCUCCAUGGCUGCCCCACCUGCCAUAAGUCUUUCCUGCUCCCUCCCAUCUCAUAAGCAUAGCAAACACAGGAUGCAUGCGGAAAGCAACAGCAGGAGCCAAUCAGGACACAGCAAGGCGGGUCGAGUUGCAUGUGCUCUUGUUUGUGUACGUGCAAAAGACAGUUCCCGGCAGAGAGGGCGGGAUUGCAGCCAGAGUAUCUCUCUGUUCUUUAGCUGGCACUGCCAGUCUUGGGUUAGAUUCACUGGAUAGAGUAAAGCUGUGCUGGAAGUCAACCAAUCCAACCACAACUUUUGCCGCAAGUAUACUGGAGGAAGGCAAGAAGAAAUAAUGUUACUGUUGGAUUGCAACACAGAGGCUGAUGGGCAGAGCCACCUUCUGGAAGCUGGGACUGAAGUGAAUUUAGCUGCUGAUGGAUUUUGUCAGUCCCCAGCUCAUCUGGCUGCUUGUGCAGGACAGGCUUUCUUCCUACUUUGGCAACAGCAGACAGGAGCCAAUCUGAACCAACAGGACUGGAUUGGGGAAGCUCCAAUUCACAAGGCAGCUAAAGUUGGGAGUUUGGAGUGUCUCACUUUGCUAGUUGCCAGUCAUGCUGACAUUGACUUGCGCAAUAAGAAUGGUGAAACAGCAGAAGACCUUGCAUGGACUUUUGGAUUUUUGGACUGUGCACAGUUCCUCAGGAAAAUGAAACACAUUCAAAACAGGAAAGCAAUAACACAGCUUAGUUACUCUCUGUAUGAUGACAGCUUGCUUAAAGACACAGAGGCAAGACAGAAACGAGCAUAUGAAAGCAAGAGAUCCGUAAGCAAGAAGAGGAGGAGAUCAAAUGAAUAAAGAUGAAGUAUUUGAUGUCACGUGAAAGCCAAUUACUGCAAGAAGACGUGUGAACACUAAGAACUUUACAAAGAAAUAAGUCUGCAUCUCAAAACCAAAUAUUUUGAACAGUGCCUUCUAAGAAGGAGAAUGGGUUGCUUCUUGAAGAAGAUUUUAAAAAAAGAUUAAUUCCUGUGUUAACACAAUAAAAUAUAUAUAUAUGUAUAAAUUGUGCCCUCUCUUUCUGCCAUCUAUGCCCCAAGUAACUAUGUGACAUCUAGCACUGAUUUUGUGAUUGGUAUUUUGUUCCUUCCACAACAAAUGCUCCACAUAUAUACACACAAACACACUCAAGGAGUGCAGAGGAACAAAGAUGGUAUAUUAAAAAUUAGCAUUGUUAUGAGGUCCCAAGAUCCACUUUACAAUUACCUUUAACCAGUGUUCAAACAGAGGAUUAAAAUGUACAUGAUUUUGUUGAGCAGUGUAUACUAUGAACAGAUAUGUAUAGGAUUGCACUGUUAGGAUCAGAUUAUAAAUGCAGAAAAGCCAGCUAUUAGGAAAUAACAAUGUUUAAUAAUCAGGUUUUAUUUGAAA